CCCUCCCUCCAGUCGUCUUCCCCAGCAACCAACCCACCCGUAUACGAAAUCCAAAAACCACCUCCUCCCUCGUUCUCUCUCCCACCAUCUUUUUGUUGCCCAUAUCUUGCUCCAGAAAAGGACCCAAGUGGCCGAGCCCAUAUAUGAUACGUGCGAAGGGGAGGAGGAAAAAAAUUUCAGGAACCAGCCAGUCCAGCCUUUACAUAUUCCCCAAAGCUCCCCUGCAAAAACUCCACUCGCAGUCGCAGCACGGCAGAGGGAGGGUGUCAGGGCGCGAGCAGCUCAGGAUCCACCAACUUCGCCUGGCCCCUCGGAGCCAGGCCAGCUGCCCAGCCAUUGACUGCUCUGAGCAGGUGCGCUUGGGCGUCUAGCCGUUUGGCGGCUUGGGCUUUCUGCGUGGGUGCCGCAUCGUCCCACACCCCCACCUUCGCAUCCUUCCAUCCCCAUCAUCGCAGCCUUUUCCCUCCAUCGCCGCCAUGUUGCAUUAAAGCUCAAAGCUCGUGGGGUUGGGGGCGAAGCCGUCUUUCGCCGGAAAGAUGAGCCGUGUCGUCCUUGAGGUGGAUGUGAACGGCGAGGAGCUCUUCGUUGUUGACAAGGAUAUCCUUGCGCGGCUCUGCGGUAGGAUCAGAAGGUUGGUGGUCCCCGGCGCAGCGUCCGCGAAGCGGCCUCCGAGGGUAGCGCUGCACGGCUUUCCCGGUGGCGCCGAGGCGUUCGAGCUCGUCGCCAGGUUCUGUUACGGCGGCGGCGGUUGCAGCGGCGCGGUGACCGCGGCAAACGCUUGCGUGCUCCGCUGCGCGGCGGAGUUCUUGGACAUGGCGGCGGACGCGCCCGAGGCCGCGUCGACGGCCGCGCCGAGCCUGGUGAGUAUGGCGGAGAAGGCGCUCGAGGAGAUGCCGCACUGGCCGUGGCACACCGUCAUGGACGCCGUGAAGCAGUGCCAGCGCCUGCUCCCGCUCGCCGACACCACGGGCGCGUUCGACACGGCCGUGGCGGCGCUGGUGUCCCACAUGGCGGUGCCCCCGCCGGCCGGGGACGCCACGCCGACGAGCUCCUCGCCGGAGAGCUCGGCGUUCCGGUUCUCGUGCGACACCAAGAGCAGCAGCCUCAGCCUGCGGGGGUCCUGCAUCAGCCGCACCUGGUGGUUCGAGGACCUCGUGUCGCUCCGCCCCGGCACGGUGGAGCGCGUCGCUGCGGCGCUCGUGGCCAGGGGCACCGACCACCGCAUCGUCGCCCGGUUCCUCUUCUACUACCUGAAGUGCCGCAUCGCCGGCGCGAGCGCCGAGGACAAGAAGGCGAUGCUGGAGGCGUCGGUCACCGUCAUGUCCGGCCUCGACCGGAGCGCGGUCUCCUGCAAGGGCCUCUUCGGCAUCCUCCGGAUCGCCGCGCCGCUGAAGCUGACCGACGCGUGCCAGCAACGGCUCAUCGCCAUGAUUGGCCGCAAGCUGGACCACGCCACGCUAGACAACCUCCUCGUCCCGGCGCCGGCGGGUACGGGCAGCCUGUACGACGUGAGCCUGGUGCUCAGGUUCUUGGAGGCCUUCCUCCGCGGCGGCGCCCCCGACGAGCCGGCGCGGCUGAAGAAGGUGGGUAGGCUCAUCGACCUCUACCUGGCCGAGGUCGCCCCGGACCCGUCCCUGCGCCCGGCCAAGUUCCUCGAGCUCGCCACCGCGCUGCCAGCUCCGGCGAGGGACUGCCACGACGCGCUGUAUCGCGCCAUCGACGUUUAUUUCCAGGUCCACGGUCGCCUGACGGAGGAGGAGAAGAUGAAGAUCUGCAGGGGUCUGAGCUACGAGAAGCUGUCGCCGGAGUGCUGCAAGCACCUGGCGAGGAACGGCGGGUUCCCGACGAGGGCCGCGGUGCAGGCGCUGGCGUCGCAGCACACGGUGCUCAAGAGCCUCGUCCUGCGCGACCCAGCCGAGUUGAAGCCGGUGGCGCCGUCCCCUUACCCGUCCACCGGGAAGCGCCGGGAGACCUGCUACGACGAGGACGGCCGCGGCGGCGCCGAGAACGACGGGCAGGUGAUCCUGUACGCGGGGCGGCUGGACCUGACGCUGGAGAACCAGAACCUGCGGUCGCUCCUGGACGGGAUGCACUGGCGUGUGAUGGAGCUGGAGAAGGUGUGCAGCCGGAUGAAGACGCAGAUGACCAAGAUGAAGGCCAGGAGGGCCGGCAGCCGCACCGCCAGGUCGCUCCCCAGGAUGUGUUCUUGAUCCACCCCAACUCUGCCAUCUGUGGUGAUCAUAAACACUGUGCCAUAGUGAUGUACAUAGUGCUAGAAUCAAUCAAGUGCAGGUCUUAGCAUAUCUGCAUAUUGUCUUGCUUCUAUUUUUUGGCUUCAUUUUUGCCAUGUUUCCUCUGUGUAUGAUGUGCUAUCAGUUCUUGGUGAUUGGAAAGAAGAGCCGGUCUGAGUGGUCCUUCAGUGAA